UGCAUGCUCCAUGUCUCUUGAAGACUAUAAAAAAAUCGUUUCAUUUGCAAUUUUUCCAGCUCUCAAUGUUGCACGCGUUGGUAACUCUGAUGAAUAUUAUGUGUGUUCCGAAAUUCCCGGAGUAUAUGUUGGAAAGGGAAAUGAAACUUUCUCUUUCAAGGAGGGUGGUAAAGUAAAGCCACAAGCCGCGAGAUUCAGAGUUUAUGGUUAUGAUAAGGAUGGUACUCUCGUGCGAGAAAUCAAACUCACAGAUGCUGAUGCUAAUAAAGGUCUGGAUAUAAAAAUUACUUGGACUGUCGAACUUGCUAAUAAGAAAGCAGCACAUACACAAUUUUCGGGUAUAUUGGAAUAUAAAGAAAGCAAUCCUAAGCGUAAUGCAGAUUGGCCUUAUGGGAGGUCUACAUUAGAGGCAAUAAAAAAGGAAACUCUUUCCUCCAGUGAAGAGGAAAAAGUAAAAGAAUUAGAGGCACACGUUUAUCGUCAUGGCAAUGAUGAAAACAGUGGACGGAAACUCUUUUUAGGCAAAAUAAUACUUGAAAAUUCGGGGAGCUUGAUAGUUAUCGGUGGAAAAGGAGAGUCUGGAAGUGUUAAAGAUGAUGUCUUAAUCACUCAUUAUGCAAACAACGAUUAUUGGUACGAUGACACUUCUGAUGGCUCUAUAGAUGCUACCAUUAAUAUUAAAAUUAAUGGAAACUCACCCCCGCAGCCGCUCGAGCAAAAAGAGGACAAGUCAUGGGACUUGAAAAAUCUAGAAGGCAAGUCAUGGGUCCUUGUGGCGCCCCCAAAGUUCGCACCAGGUAUUGCUAACCUGGUACCACUAUACCAAGUUAUAUCAGAAACGCAACAUCCUGUCGAUCCGGAGAAUCCAAUCAAUCCAAAUGUUGUAUUCGAUCUAGAUAAUCCGGCUAAACCAAAUGAUCAGAAAAAUUCGAUAAAUUAUUAUCGAGAUAUCCGACCAAUAUUUGAAGCUGUUUGUAGGGCUUCAUGGGUCAAUAAGAUGGCCUUCAGGGGUCAUGGUUUAUAUAAGCAAGGUGACUUUUUAAACCCUGACCUAGAAGGGCAUUUGAAAAAUCCUAAUGAUUGCGAUAAGGACUUGAGGAAAAACGUCCUCUCUCGCGUCCGAAUACCCAAAUAUUUAGCAUCCCCUGCAGAAUUUAAUGGCCAAGCUUAUGGCUAUUUUAUGCCGCCUUUAUCUGGAAAUGAUGGUGAUACCACUCCUACUGCUCCAGAUACGUACUUGACCGUCACUCGCGGUCAAUAUAUCUUAUUGCAACGAUGGGCUGAUGGUGAUUUUGAGACAGGAAAUCAACCAAAAGAAUACUAUUACAGAUUUGAUGCAAAGGAUAAAGAUGGUAUUUAUCCUCAGUAUAGCGAAGAUGGCGAAAAAUAUAUGAAAUUUGAAGAGGUUGUUCCUGAUGUUCAUAAUCAGAUCAAAUGUCUCAACAAAGCUGCGCUCCAAUGGUGUGUUGGAGGUGCAUUUUAUCCUGGAAUUGAAAUGACUUUUGUUUCUUAUGAUAAAAAUACAUUCAAUGAAAAAUAUGAUUUCAGAAUUAAUUCUAAAAAAAUAAGCCCUGGCGAUAUUAAUGCAUUUAUGGCUUUACCUUGGCAAGCUGAUUUUUAUGAAUGUAAUACACAUUGGUGGCCAGCCCAAAGACCUGAUAUAGUAAUUCCAGAAGAUCAAAAAGAUGAUGUUGAAAAAUAUGGUGUUAAUUUAAGUUAUUUUGAGGAUUGGACUCGUGGAUUUAGAACCGAUGAACCACAAAGAGGCAUGCCCAAAUGGGGUGACAUGGAUAUGGUUGAGAAAUGGCACAAAUUAGGAUUUAUUGUCGAAAAACAACUAGAUGGCGACAUCAAGAAAGCAUUCUUUGAAGUUGAACGAGAACAACUUUUCGCAUUAGAUAUAAAUUCUGUGAAAAGUAACCUAGAUAAUCUAUAUGAAAUGCUUAAAAUUGCGAUGAUGAUCGAACUCACUACGAUUCCACCAUAUCUUUACGCUAUAUAUUCGAUAAAACCUGGAACGGAAAUUGGUGAUGAACUGAGACGUCAAAUCCGGCAUAUUGCUGCUACAUUUGUCACUUGGCGACAACCCAUAUUUUAUUCCCGGGAAAUGACUCCUUUCUUUCCAAACCCUCUUCCGCAUAUAAAGCAAGGCAGUAUUACUGUUCACCUAUCAAAAGCAAAUAAGGCUACUCUCGAAAAUUUUGCAAAUAUUGAAAAACCCGAUGAUAAAAUAAAUUCUGAUGAAAAUUCUAAAAAAUCUGAUGAGUUUGGUGCUGAAAGCAUUGGCGAUCUCUACGAGAAGAUUGAAAACAUGUUUACAGAACUUGAUAAACAAAUUAAAUACGAUAAACUAUUUCAGCUUGGACCCGGAAUGGGUUACGCACCCAGUACCAGCGAUAAAAACGAAGGAUUGAUUAUAGUUGAUUGUCUUAGCGCUGCUAAAAAAGCUAUUGAAGUGAUCAUUGAUCAGGGUGAAGGGGGCGGUUGUAAUACCAAAGACCUAGAAGCUGAAAUCAACGUAAAAGUUAGUGGAGAAAUUAAAGUCGGAAACAAAGUAAAAAUCCGUGGAACAAUCAAAGCAACAUUAAAAGGAACAAAGAAGGGGAAAAUAACAGAAAAUAAAAAUGGGUCAAUUAAAGGGACGAUAGAUGUGACAUCAUAUGAUGAUGAUGAUAAUAGCAUAACUGGUAAAAUAUAUGGAAAAAUAAAUGGAGAAAUUAAUGGAAUCAUAACCAGUGGAACAGUCACGGGAAAAAUUGAAGAAAUGGAGAAAGAAAUUCACGGAAUUAAAGAAAUAAGUAAAGGAAUUUGCGGAAAAAUUACAGAAGGAAUAUACGAUGAAUCACACUAUGCAAGAUUUAAUUAUUGCGUUAGUGAAGUUGAGAUUGCGUCUGAAUCAGAUUAUCAGCUUUGGCCCGUGGUGGAUGAUCCAAACUUUGUAUCGUAUACUAACCCGCAUUCGCAAGAAACUGAAUCAUAUGCUGAUCCAAAUGUUGUCACUACUCUUAUUGCUUUUAACGCUGCAUAUUCUUACCUUAUGCUCUUACUACAAGUCGUUUGGAGAACCGAUGGACAAAAGAAAAAAACGUUAAUAAUGGGAGGAAUGCCAGCAUUGAUGCAUGGUGUAUUAAAACCCAUUGCAACAUUUCUUGCUAAAACAUCCGUCACUAGUGACUUGAAUGCGGGUUCCACCUUUGGUUUUUACCAAUUUGAGAACACAUCUAGUCCAAAAGAUCAACUAAAAAAAGUUAUUGAAGAAGCAGCUAAAGCCUUUUCAUAUAGUGAUGAAUUAAAGAACGCAGUGACAGCAGUUGAUGCGUUACCUGAUGUUUCCCAAGAGAUUUUUGUAACACUGUGA